CUUGACCUUUGGGAAAUGCUUGGAGACUGUAAACAAUUGCAUUUUAUCCUGUAUUUUUUCGAGAUUCGUAUAUUUGUCCCAAAUAUAACACAAUGCCAUUAAAGAAAAAGAAAGGAGGAAAGAAAAAGAAGUUGACAGCAGGAAAGUCAUCAAUAGAAAAAGAUGAAGCAGGGGAAAUUGAUCCAGGUACUUUGAUUUCUGUAACAAAUGCUGAUGGUACUGUAGAUCUUAAAGAAAAAGAUGGAGGCAAGAAAAAGAAAAAGGGCAAAAAGAAGAAGAAGAAAGUGUCAUUGGCUGAUAAGAAGUUGGAAAGACUAGAAAAAGAAACAGAAAAGUUAAAGAAGGAAAAACCAUCAUUUCGUCUAUUUAUAUAUGAAAUGGACAAAUGGUUAAAAUCUAAUGCAGUAAGAAUCCAGCAACUUUUCAAAACAUACGAUUAUGAGGGGGAGUGUAUGCUUACUUACGAUGAAUUUAAGUCAGGAAUGUUUGACUUGGAGAUUCCCUGUAGUGAAGUACAAUGUCAUCUGUUAGCAAAGUUGUUAGACAAUGAAAAUAGUGAGGAAAUUGACUACACAGAACUACACAAAGGACUUAAUUAUGCAAUUGAGGUAGAGGAGAUGGAACAAGAAGAAGAAGAAAUGGAAAAGGUUUUGGAUGUAACAAAGAGAGAUCUAGAUCAUUGUAGAUCCUGUAAAAUGGCUGUCAUACAACCACCCGGUAUACCAUUCUGCAGGGACAUUUUAAUUAAUCUAAUUUGCAUAACCUUCAAGAAUACAUCAAAACAUCCUUCACACAUAAAAGUGACUGCUAAUGCUUACACAACAAUAUACAGUCUAAUUCAGAUGAUUAUACAGGACACAGGCAUUGCAUCAACAAAACUGUCAAUUUUCCGUGAUGACAGGCGAGUUGCUGAAUCUAGGAUAGAAGAGGAUACAGAGCUGAGGGAAUUAUGGGGAGAUACAAUGGACGAACCAGAUGAAAUAGACUUAUACUACGACUAUCGAGUGGAAUUUACAGAGUGUCCUAUAUUACUGUGUGAUUAUUACUUUGUUGAUCUUGAUAACUGAAAACCAAAAAUUAUUCCAAGCAUUUAAUCCUAGACUAGUUGAUUCUCGUUUACAUGAAUAAUUACAAGAAAAAGAGUAAACAUUUUGUAUAAUUAGAAUUAUGAAGAGUAUUGACCUUUGACUUAUAAAUAAAAAUUAAGUCAACAGAAUAUGUUUGUUAGGAUGAAGAUUACCAAAUGUGAUAUUUUAUAAUGUACUUAUUUUUUUUUUUUAGAUUUUUAAAAAAAAAUAAUUUUAUUUUUAAUCAGACAUUUGAAACUGUUUUGUUUUCGACUACUUGUUCCCCUGUAUGAAUGUUAUCAGAUCAUAAAGGGGGGGGGGGGGGUUAAUAUAUAAAAGAAUGUGAUUUCUUUUUUUUUUUUUUAUCAAAAACCAUUUAAACAAAAGAAUACACAGAGAUGGCAGACAUGAGGAUCUGAUGUAAAUAUUGUCUUAUCAGAUCCUGUAAAAUGGCUGUCAUACAACCUCCCUGUAUACCAUUCUGUAGGUAAUAUUGUCUUAUCAUAUCCUAUAAAAUGGCUGUCAUACAACCUCCCAGUAUACCAUUCUGUAGACCUGUAAUAUUGUCUUAUCAGAUUCUGUAAAAUGGCUGUCAUACAACCUCCCAGUAUACCAUGUAAAUAAUUUAAAGUAUAAAUAUGUGAUACCAUCAGUAUAGAGAAACUAUAUGAGACUCAAGAAUAGCAUUGUUUUAAUUUCUGAGUGGAGAUAUUUUUAAGUUAUUGAUUUACAGUAAAAUUUCAUAUUCUAAGAAUACAAGGCAUCUAGCAUAUAAGCAGAUCUGACACUUUAUUGGUAUAACUCUUAUUUAUAAUUUAUUAAUAUAGCAUAUAAACCAAAUUUUAUGUUAUGGAUUUCAGCCAUUUUGAUAUCCUCAGUGUUAUAAAAAAUUAAAAUGAUUUUUGUCAGUUUUUCAAUCUUCUGUAGCGAACCAAUAAAGGAAAAAAAAGAUUUCCUUCUACAUGAACAUUCUCCCCCCCCCCCCAUAAUCCAAGAACAUUUUGAAUGGAAAUUUCCCAGUAGUAAAAUGAAAACUCUUUGAAAACUUUUUAAGUGCAAAAGUAGCUUAUACAAGCUUUAACUUAAUGAAACAGUGUAAAAACUGUACAUAUAAUUGUUAAUAAUCUAUUUAGUGAAUUAAGCAUAAAGGGACAGUAUAUGUUUUGCAUCAGAGUCAUGGUAUAAUUAUUGAUGAAUAAUGGUAUUUGAUUAAAAUUGCACCAUGAAAGUUCUUACUAUAAUAAGGCAGCUAUGACCUACAUUUCAUGAAUUAUUGGGACCAGGAGGGUGUUGUAAUUUCAUAUCCAUGCUUCACAGAUGAAAUGUUCCAAAAAAGAUGGUCAAGAAAUUAGUUAACAAUAGUCUAUGUAUGUAAAUAGAAUAUGCAAAGGGAUAAGCUACAUAUUGACCAUGCUUCAGGUUAACAGCAUCUCAGAUGUAAGUUUUAGCAGAACUAAAAAAAAAAAAUGGACAAAUUAUUAGUUGAUUUGAUUUUUAACAAUUUUGCUUAUUUCUAAAGUCACAAGAAUAAUUUAUAUACAAAACUUGUAGGUAAUUUUUAAAUUUAUAUUUACUGGUAUUUACUGGUCAAAUAAAAGAUAGUAGCUGAUGAAUGUGAAACAUAACUUUCAGAUUCCUAACUAAAUUUUGGCAAUUCCUACGAAAAAAAAGAGAGUAAAAACACAUCUAUGAUUUGUAUGACUAUUCAUUGUUCCAUACAACUUAAACGUUCAAAAUAGUGAGUUAGCAUGAAUUCAUAUGAAAUCUUAAAAUUUAUACAAUUCAUAGUUAAUUUAUCUACAUUUAAUAGAAAUUAAACAUGAUUUACAAGUUUGUUAUUUAUUUGAAACUGUCACUUCCAUUGUAGAAGAUAUAUGUAUCAAUGAUCAACAUAACACUACAGUUUAUAUCAAGUUUUGUUUGGUUGGUGUUGAAGACUCUGAAGACUCAAAUCUUCCUGUUUGAUGAAAUAAACAGGACAACAUUUCUAGUUUUUGUCAGACUAUGAGUAGUAGUAAGGCUGUUUGAAUAUUUUUAUAAAUUCCAAUUCUGAUGUCAUAUCUGUAAAAAUAUUUCCCAUGUAUAUUAAUCUUUUUUAAAACUCGAUAUUGGCAUAAUUUGGUACUACUUUAAAAGUGGUUGAGCUUACUGUACAAAAUGUAUCUAAUCCUGAAUUGUAUUAUUAUAUUGAAUUGAUUUUUAAUGAGUAGAUAGUUAAAAUCA